AUGCCAUUGCAUUGUGUGUGUGGAAUAUUUGUAUUCCUCAGUGUAUGUCUGAUUUCCUUCACACCACCUUGCGAUGGAGGAAACAUCCUGGUGUUCCCUGUGGACGGCAGCCACUGGAUCAAUAUGAAGAUCCUGCUGGAAGAACUUCAUGCCAGGGGACACAGCAUCACUGUGAUGAGGGCAUCCAACAGCUGGUACAUCCCAGAAAAGUCUCCUCUCUACACAACCAUUACCAUGGAAAAGAUUGAAGGUUUCGAGGACUUUUUUGAGGUGUACCUAAAGGAGAAUAUGAGGGCGCAGAGAGAAGGAGCUUCAGCACUUACUUUCUUCAAACUCACCAAGGACUUCCUCUCUAUGAUCUCUAUUGCUCAUUCAAAGUGGACUGAUGCCCUCGCUCAAAUCUUUGAUGAUGAACAUUUGGUCAAAAGCUUAAUGGAUGCCCAAUAUGAUCUUGUUCUCACUGACCCAGCUGUAGCACCAGGGGUCAUACUAGCCAAGUAUCUCAAACUGCCCAUGGUGCUCAAUGUUCGCUGGAUCGCCAGUGGAGAGGGCCACUUUGUGAUCGCCCCCUCACCACUCUCUUAUAUCCCAGUGCCAGGAUCAGGCUUAAUGGACAAAAUGAAUUUCAUCCAGAGGCUUAAGAACAUAUUUUUCUAUGGCAUUGUACUGUUCCAGCAGAAAUUCCUGGUGGGGCCGAGCUAUAGCGCCAUCUGUGAUAAAUACAUAGAGGGUGGAUGUGACGUCAUCUCGCUUCUUCAGGAAGCAGACAUUUGGCUGUUCAGGUCAGAUUUUGUGUUUGAAUUCCCUCGGCCCACAAUGCCAAAUGUCAUCUACAUAGGAGGGUUCCAGUGCAAACCAGCUCAACCUCUGCCAGCAGACCUGGAGGAGUUUGUUCAGAGCGCUGGGGAGCACGGAGUCAUCAUCAUGACUCUGGGGACUUCGGUGAACGCUUUGCCCAAGGAGGUUGCUGAUGAAAUCGUCAGCGUCUUUGCCAAGAUGCCUCAGAAGGUGAUAUGGAGGCAUAAAGGGGAGCGUCCUUCUACUUUAGGCAACAACACCCUGAUAGUGGACUGGAUGCCACAGAAGGACCUCCUGGGCCACCCACAGACCAAAGUGUUUGUAGCUCAUGGAGGAACCAACGGAGUCCAAGAAGCCAUUUACCACGGGGUCCCUGUGCUCGGUAUACCCUUGUUCUUCGACCAGUAUGACAACCUUCUACGGCUGCAGGAGCGAGGGGCCGGGAAGAUCAUUCAGCUAGCUGAUGUUAACGGCCACAGUUUUGAGGAAGGUAUUCACGACGUGCUCCAUCAUGACAGCUACAGACAGAACAUGCAGAGACUGUCACGUUUGCACAGAGAUCAGCCGAUGGCACUCAUGGAUCAGGCCAUCUUCUGGGUGGAAUAUGUGAUGCGCCAUAAAGGGGCUCCUCAUCUGCGAACAGAGGCCUAUAAGAUGCCCUGGUACUCAUACUAUUGUUUAGAUGUACUACUACUAUUGCUGACUGCAGUGACAGUACUGCUGCUCUCUACUUUGGCUAUUUUCAGGUUCCUGUGCUGCAGAGCUAGAAGGAUGACCAAAAGCAAACAACACUGA